UGAAUCUUACAUCUAAAUCCAUGGACAGGAGGGGAUACACAUUGAUUGAAUAUUAUGCUAAGCUGGCCUAACGUCCGUUUAUCUAUUCUAACAGCAUUUCAAUCUGUUUGAUUCAAUUGAUCAACGCGUCUCGGUCAUUAUCAAGGCGCGUGGAGUGUUCAAUCCUUUUUCUUUGUUCCGAACACUACAGAGGACGUCAUUGCUCUUUCCACUAUUAAGUCCCUUGACGUAUCGAUAGAUUGCACUACGGGCGCCAGCGCUUGCUUCUAACGAAGACUGCCGCCGCCGCGGAACUCGACUGAGCAGGCAUGGCGCGGAGCCAACCUAUCCUUUUCGAAGAUGUAUUUGACGUUGUUGAUAAGGACCCUGAUGGCAAGAAAUUCGACAGCGUGUCCCGCUUCAUCUGCCAUAGCGAUCUGUACGAGAUGGAUCUUCACAUUGACUUAAACGUGGAACUGUUCCCACUUCAACGAAACGAUAAGUUCAGCCUGGUUCUCGCGUGGACGCUCAACUUGGAUGCGACGCCGGGGAGCGAAAAGUACGAUGCGUUCCCGGCCAUCAGCGGGCGCCGUACUCUCAUGGACAAUUACGAUUACGUGAUGUACGGCAAAGUGUUCAAGUACAAGGACAACAACAUGAAGGUUGAAGUGUACAUCUCCUUCGGGGGUCUGUUGAUGAAGCUCGCGGGCGACCCUGCCAAGCUGGAACCGAUUGAGGUGGACAGCAACGUUUACUUGCUGCUCAAAAAACUAUAA